AUGGGUGGUGCCAACAAGGGUUUCACCACAUCCCUAGGCGCUACGCUCCAGUGGAGCGCCUCGAAAGAAGCCGCGUACACAAUUGCCAAAGGCUUCCGUGGUCAGCUGACGGAAUGUGGCGGGUUUCAUGUUAACGUAGUCACUGCGCGCCCCGGAGAUGAAGCCGCUGGGAGCGGAAUUAAUGAUUCAAUGUUCGGUGUUGGUCAAAAGAAAAUUCUAAGCACCACCCAUCCCUAUCUUAGGAUUCAUUCAAGCAAAGGAUGCAGUGUUCCCCUCAAGACGCUCCUGCCACCGUUCUCUAUUCUCCCCAUAGGCUCAAAAACGUUGUCAGCAACGCUGAGAAGAAAGCAGGUAUCAGCGGAGAGCGAAAAUGAUGCGAAACGCAGAAUAAUUAUUUGGUGUGGUUGUGUCCAAGCAUUAUGCAUGGAGUUGAUGCAAGGACAGAGCAGUGCUAGAAAAUGCGCUCCAGAAGUUGAACUGGAGGCGCUAAUGGAGUAUUUGCAUGCUUGUCUACGUGCCAAAAAAGUUCCACCUUGGGCUAUAUGGGUGUUUGCUGCAUGUUUCAUGCUUAUUGUUGCCGUCCUACUACUAGAUUACUGCGUUAUUCGUCGGAAUGCGCUGGGGAACACGUGCUGUUCACGUGCUCGUCCGAAACGUGGCACAGGAUAUUUUAUUCAUCAGAAGCGUACCACUAAUAUGCUUCUCAAUGUAUAG